GGAAGUAGGCACGGAGUCGUUGGAGAGAUGACAAGCCCCUCCCCGGACACGCCCCUUCCGCCGUCGGGCUCCGUUGCUUCCGCUCCACUGGAGCAGUCGGUGGAGUGCCGCGGGUACCCAUGGCUCCCGGGGGCGCCCGGCGGGUCCGGAGGGCCCGGCGCCGGGUGCGCGGCGCGCCAGCGGCCGGGGAGCGGACCCGCUCGGCCGAGGACUGGUGGUGGGACCGGCUGGCGCCGAGCGGCUCCGGGUACCACCUGCUGCAGGCCGACAGCAUGCUGCUCGUGCUGCCCGGCGCGGGGCCCGCUCGCGCUCGCGCGCACCGCCGCGCCGCCCGCCGCGCCCAGCCGCUGCCGCCCGCCGGGGCCCGCUCCGCAGGGGCCAAGGCCAGGCACCGACCCGCACCCGCAGCCGCGCCCGCGCCGCCGCCAGGGCCCGACCCCGGCUGGGGCGACCGCAUCCCCUUGGAGAUCCUGCUGCAGAUUUUCGGGCUGCGGGUGGCGGCCGACGGGCCCAUGCCCUUCCUCGGCAGGGCCGCACGCGUGUGCCGCCACUGGCACGAGGCCGCCUCCCAGCCCGCGCUCUGGCACACCGUGACCCUGUCGCCCCCGCUGGCUGGCCGAUCUACCAAAGGCGGCGCCAAGGCCGAGAAGAAGCUCCUCGCUUCCCUGGAGUGGCUUAUGCCCAACCGGUUCUCGCAGCUCCAGAGGCUGACCCUCAUCCACUGGAAGUCCCAGGUACAUCCCGUGUUGAAGCUGGUCAGUGAAUCCUGUCCUCGGCUCACCUUCCUCAAGCUUUCCGACUGCCAUGGUGUGACUUCGGACACUCUGGUCAUGCUGGCCAGAGCCUGCCCCCAGCUCCACAGCCUGGACCUUCAGCACUCCAUGGUGGAGUCCACGGCUGUGGUGAACUUCUUGGAGGAGGUGGGGCCUCGAAUGCGCAAGCUGUGGCUGACCUACGGCUCCCAGACCACUGCCAUCUUGGGUGCCCUGCUGGGCAGCUGCUGCCCCCAGCUCCAGCUCCUGGAGGUGAGCACGGGCAUUCACCGAAACAACACUCCCCUCCAGCUGCCCGUGGAGGCCCUGCAGAGAGGCUGCCCCCAGCUGCAGGUGCUGCGGCUUCUGAACCUGAUAUGGCUGCCCAAACCAUCGGGGCGAGCGGCGAUUCCUGGCCCAGGCUUCCCCUGCCUCGAGGAGCUCUGCCUUGCCGGCUCCACCUGCAACUUUGUGAGCAACGAGGCUCUGAGCCGCCUGCUCCGAGGCUCCCCUGGCCUGCGCCUGCUGGAUCUUCGAGGCUGCGCCCGCGUCACACCCGUCGGCCUGUAUGACCUGCCGUGUCAGGAGCUGGAGCAGCUGCACCUGGGCCUGUAUGGCAUGUCAGAUCGGCUGACUCUAGCCAAGGAGGGCAGCCCCCUGUUGACCCAUAAGUGGUGCCACACUCUGCGGGAACUGGACUUGAGUGGCCAGGGCUUCAGUGAGAAGGACUUGGAGCAGGCCCUAGCCGCCUUCUCAGGCCCCCAUGGGGGCUCACCCCCAGCCCUGUGCUCCCUUAACCUCAGGGGCACCCGGGUCACACCAAGCACAGUCAGGUCAGCACCCCCUCCCCCUGUCCCUUGGAGCCAGGGUGGCAUGCCUCCUGUCCUGCCAGGCUUGCCAGUUCCAGGGUCUGAAAGGGGAGCAUAUACUGGCAAAGCCCCUACUUGGAGUCGGGCUCGGGGACACCAAGGGAACUGGAAUUGGGCCUCGGUGGCUUGGGUGGCAGAGCCAGCUGUGGUGCACGGGCAGAGAGGGCUCCCCAGCCUGGCCGAGCCCUGGCAGGGCCGGAGUCUCCUGGGAGCCAGUGGCUCAGUGCCCCAUGGCCUACCUUGCUCCCACAGCUCUGUGAUCAGCAGCUGCCCAGGCCUGCUGUACCUCAACCUGGAGUCCUGCCGCUGCCUUCCCCGGGGCCUGAAGCGGGCCUACCGGGGCCCAGAGGAGGUCCAGUGGUGCCUGGAACAGCUGCUCACCUGCCCCCCUGGCCCCAGCUAGGCUGCCUGGCCCUGCACCCUUUUCCAGUUUUGGAUGUUGGAGCAUUUUGUUACAAUAAACAUUUUAAGAACC